AUGAAGGUGUCAUCGACGACGACAGGCACAAUACUUGCCAGCUUCUUCGUAGCGGCCAGUCCCACGGACGCCCAAGGCUACGGAAGCCGCCCUCUCUUCGCUGUCUCCAGGUUCUCGGCCGGUGCGACGCCGCACUCUUCUAUCGGAUACAUCGAGCUCACCUGGUCCUACUCUCCGGGGGCCAACGCUUCGACGUGCCGCGCCAGUCCGGCAACGUACCAGGUCUUCCCUUCGGUCGAGCAGACGCCAUGCAACGAUCCGGCAACGUCGUUCAACCUGACCAUGAGGGCGGAUGGCGGUGCCGACCUGGAGCUCUGGUAUGAGCCACGCUCGGGUGCGUCGGCCUACGGCAUCCACGGCAUCAAGGCCGAGGAGAUUGUCUGGGCAAAUCAGGAAUCUCCCACAGGAAUCGUGCAGGUAUACGCGGGCAUGCAGAACUUCACGGUCAGGGCAAUUCAUCCUGAAGUGAGGAACACGGUGUCGCUGGGUUUUUGA